GAAUUUGAGUUUUGUAUCAAAGUCCAAAUGGUUAUGAAAAAACAGAACAAGUAUAGCAUAACUUUUGAUUUAGUUUUUAAAUAAUUUAUGGCGAAUAGAUUUUGGUAAAAUAAAUAAAUGAAAAAUGAUAACCUUAAAUAUUGUGAGAAGUGGAGCCAUUCCAUUGUUUCAAUCGAAUAUGCUUCGAUUGCGAAUACCACAAACAUCAACAUUUGAAAUGACCCAAAGCAAAUCUACAAAUAUUGAUGUUCUUGAUAUAUUUACAACCAAAUUGUUGUCGCAGAAAUCAGCGUCACCCACAAAAUUUCAACCAACAAUCGAAGCGGAUAUAAAUCGAAGAUCAGAAAGUGAAACAAAAGCUAAGUUGAAAGUGGACGUAAACAAUGAUUCUAAAUAUAUGGUUAAUUGGAGUGAGGACGAACUCGACCGAAACUUAAUGGUCUCGAUGGAUUGUGAAGAUCGAAAAACGUUCGAUGAAAUCGUUGAACAAAUGUUAACAUUGAAGCGACUGCCCUCCGAAAAAUUAAUUGUACGUGUACUAUGUCACCUGUGCGACGAUAGUGAAAAUUCAAUGAACACAAUUUCUCAUUUAAUCGAUUUGUGUGGAGAGAUAAAUUUGGAAUUUUAUGCAAAAAAUUUGGAUUUUGAGCCAUUUCUUUCUCAACACUUAUGGAAAUGUCAAAGAUUCGAUGAUGCACUGAAUACACUGAAUUCAAUCUAUGGUGUAACAAAUAAAACUACAAAAAGCCUUAUUCUUCGAAAUUAUCGACAAAUUAUUUAUGAUGCUGUUAAGAAUCAAGAUGAAUCUAUAGUCGAUAAAGUUAUUUUUCACGUUACACAAAUCAAUGACCGUUAUAAUGAAUCGAUUUUGAUUAUUUAUACAUGGAGUGAUUGUUUUUUCAGUGAAUUAUUCAGAAAUCAAAAAAAAGCUGAAGCAUUAUUUAUAGCACAUGAUGUGAUUAGAACGGCUGUUUCAAAAGAUAUUGGAUGGAUUGCGUUAACCUUAUUAAAACAACACAAUAUCGAUGCCAUGCAUCGGUUAAUUGAACAAUGUCUUGCAGAAAAUUUAAAGAAGGAAGUUGGUAUAUGUUUGACAGCCCUUUUCGAUUAUCAUUAUUGGCGUAACGAUUUACGUGCAUGCUCCGAAGUGAUGAGCACCAGUUUGCGAUUGAAAACAAACGUAACAAGCAAUCAAAAUCAGAAACUAUUAAAUUUACUGCUUAAGAAAACACCAGAUGAAAAACCACCAUCCAAACCAUCUGGCUCUCGAUUCGAGUUCAAAUUUUAGUAUAUUUAUAGAAUUCCUUUUUUUUUAGAUCGAUUAAAAAACGAAAAAAAAUAUAUUUAAAAAGAAUUGA